AUGGAGCCGCUGGUCCUGCUCAACGCCCUGGCCACCCGGCUGCUGUUCGUGCUGCACUCACUGGUCGGGGUCUGGCGAGUGACCGAGGUAAAGAAAGAGCCGUGGUACUGGUUGCUCGCGUUGCUCAACCUCCUGCUCUUCCUGGAGACUGCGCUCACUCUCAAGUUCAAGCGCGGCAGAGGCUACAAAUGGUUUUCACCAGCCAUAUUUUUGUAUCUGAUUAGCAUCGUUCCAUCAUUAUGGCUUCUUGAAAUGCAUCAUGAGACCCAGUACUGUAGUAGCCAAUCUGAAGGAAUAGCUCAAAAUACCAGUCGCAAAGAAGACUUCAAUCAAACUCUGAUGUCAAGUGAACAAACCAAUGGAGCAGAUGAUCUCAUUGAGACGGCCAAAGUUUUUGUAAAUAACUUAUCUACAGUGUGUGAGAAAGUUUGGACUUUGGGACUUCAUCAGACAUUCCUGUUAAUGCUAAUAAUUGGAAGAUGGCUUCUACCCAUUGGAGGCGGGAUCACUCGGGACCAACUCUCACAACUUCUCCUUAUGUUUGUGGGAACAGCCGCUGACAUACUGGAAUUCACAAGUGAGACACUGGAAGAACAAAAUGUGAGGAAUAGCCCUGUACUAGUCUAUGCCAUCCUUGCUAUAUGGACCUGGAGCAUGUUGCAGUUUCCACUUGACCUUGCAGUACAGCACGUCGUGUGCCCCUCAUCUGUGAUAGCCAGGGGAUUCUCCGGCCUAUUCUUUUGUCAAUACAGUGCUGAUUUGUGGAACAUCGGAAUCAGUGUCUUCAUACAAGAUGGGCCCUUCCUUGUCGUGCGUCUCAUACUGAUGAUCUAUUUUAAAGUGAUAAACCAGAUGCUGGUGUUCUUUGCUGUGAAGAAUUUCCUCGUGGUGGUGUUACAACUCUACCGCCUGGUGGUCCUGGCUUUGGGAGUCCGGGCUUCCUUGCGAAACCAGUCAAAAGGCCAAAAAGGAGAGGACAACUGCUCAGGUCAACCUGCUAAGAGGGGUCUCUUACCAAGGGGCAGGGAGAGCAAUUCUAAGGAGGGCUUGGCUAUCGCUUUGCAGGCCUCAUCAGUCACCUCCGACGACUGCCCCACAACUCUGUAG